AUGACUGAAGAAUAUGGGAGAGGGACGUGCAAUGACCUAUUGGUUACAUUGUUGGAUUCUCUCAAAAUUGAUAACUUCAGCAGUCCAUAUUCCGUUAAUGGAUGGAGCAAUGAAUCAGUGGUUACUGAAUUCAUUUUGCUGGGCCUAUCCAGCUCUCGAGAAAUCCAGCUCUUCCUUUUCUUUAUCUUCUCUGUGUUUUAUGGAGCUGCAGUGCUGGGAAACCUCCUUAUCAUCCUCACAGUAAUUACUGACUCUCGCUUGCAUUCGCCAAUGUACUUUCUCCUCAGCAAUCUCUCCUUCAUUGAUGUGUGCCAGGCUACCUUUGCCACUCCCAAGAUGAUUGCAGAUUUCCUCAGUGAACAUAAGACCAUCACUUUCCAAGGAUGUAUGUCACAGAUCUUUUUCUUGCAUGUUUUUGGAGGUAGUGAGAUGGUGCUCCUGGUUGCCAUGGCCUAUGAUAGAUACAUCGCUAUUUGCAAACCUCUGCACUACAUGACCAUCAUGAGCCGAAGGGUGUGCACCGUUCUGGUGGGGGUCUCCUGGACCAUUGGCAUCCUGCACUCAGCCAGCCAUCUGGCAUUUACAGUCAAUCUGCCUUUCUGUGGACCCAACAAGGUAGAUAACUUUUUUUGUGACCUCCCCCUAGUGAUCAAGCUGGCCUGCUUAGACACCUAUGUUUUGGAGAUCCUGGUGCUCACCAACAGUGGCCUGCUCUCGCUUAUUUGUUUCCUCCUUUUGCUCAUUUCCUACAUUGUCAUUCUUGCUACUGUCCAUCACCAAGCCCCUGGUGGGAUGUCUAAGGCACUCUCCACCCUAUCUGCCCACAUUACUGUUGUGGUUCUGUUCUUUGGUCCGUUAAUCUUCAUCUAUAUUUGGCCCUUUGAAAGCUUUCCAAUUGAUAAGUUUAUUUCUGUGUUUUUCACUGUCUUUACUCCUCUCCUUAACCCUGUAAUUUACACUUUGAGGAAUAAAGAUGUAAAGGAAGCCAUCAAGAAGCUAAGGAGUCAACAUGUGCAUUCCAAGCAGGUUUUUUAA